AUGGAUCCAAUUCAACAACAACAGCAAUCAUUUCAAGAAGGUCCCGAUUCUUUAUUCUCCCAGCAACCAUUUAAUACCGAAGAAGUACCUUGGUGGAAGAAAAAUUUUCUUCUUCAACAGCCAACUUUGGUUAAUGCUUGGAAUGCUGUAUUUCCAACUGUUAUAGUUAAUAUAUUUGGAAUUGUUAUUUUUCUUCGUAUGGGAUGGAUUGUUGGGACAGCCGGUUUCUUUCAAGCUAUUAUAGCACUUGCCUUGUGCACUUUAUUCUCUUCUGUUACAGUUCUAUCAGCCAUUGGAAUUUGUGAGAGAUGCCAGGUUCAAAGUGGAGGAAUCUAUUUUCUCGUCUCUCAUGUAUUAGGAAAGCGUAUAGGAGGUGCUAUAGGAAUUAUUUACACAUUUGGCCAAGCUUGUGCUACUUCUUUAGUUGCUUUAGGCUUUGGAGAGUCUAUGGCACAAUUAAUGGGAAUAGAUAGCCCUGUAGCUAUGAAAACAUUUUCUGUUGUUAUUUUGCUUCUUUUGAAUGUUUUGAAUUUUGCUGGACUUCAUUUUGUUAUUCGCCUACAAUUGUUGUUAAUGUGCUUUCUUGGAAUGGCUAUUGGAGAUUUUCUGUUUGGGGCAUUUUUAUUUACACCUUCUGACCCUGGUAAAGAGUUGUUGGCCGGUAUCUACCCACUAACUGCCAAACAACUCUCAGCUAAUUGGUAUUCAAAUUAUGGAUCUGAAAAUUGCAGUGACAGAGCAACAUUAGCCCUAGGUGCUGCUGAAGAUCAUCAACAACAACAUUAUGAGGCUAAUAAUUUCUUUAGCGUUUUUGGCGUUUUGUUUGCUAAUUUUAUUGGUGUUUUGGCUGGUAAUAAAAGCUUUUUUUUAAAUUAUUCUCUCAAUAACUCACCUUAUCGAGAAUUUUUUUUUCUAGGAAACGAAGGAGGGGAACUUUGUGGUAGAGAGGAACUUGAAGUAGAGAGUUCCUCUCUUUUCUAG